AUAAAAGCAAUUGUUGUAUGAAACUGACUAAGAUUACAAAGAUGAAAUUUGGAAUGAAGACAUGGAGUAGAGGUAGAAGAAGAAUGCUUGUUGAGAGAUUUGAGUUUUUCCUUCUUUCAGUCUGUCCUGUUCCCAUGUUGGACGAUGCAGGUACAGACGAAUUACCCGAUCUGGUAGAGGUCUUUGUUGACGAACAUAAGUCUCCUACUUCGUCUCCUCUAAAUGGUACCCUGGGAACGGUAACUGGCGAGCCCGGCCAGGAGGUGAAAAUCAGGAUUGUCUUUAAAGACAAGGAUGAUAAAUCUCCCAUAGGAAAGAUCACGGUGACCACCAAAAAUACACAAACCGUUACCUUCAUUGUUACCACUCCAGAGGAUACUGAGUUGAGAAAGGAAGAGAUCGUAACCAAUCCAAGUGAGGAGAGUACUGUUGAGACAGACUUCACGGGCUUGGAAGGCAAAGAAUUAGAGAUUGUCUUCAAACCAGAAGCAGAGGAAACAGAAAGCAUUUCUGUCAAUAACUUGGGAAUCGAAGCAUGUAUUGAAAAAGAAGCUGUUAGUACACCAACUACUGUGUCCACACCAACGACUACCACACCACCAGGUCCACCCUACUCAACAACAAUCUCACCAUCUGCACCGACUAGCCCGUACGUCUGUCCUGUUCCCAUGUUGGACGAUGCUGGUACAGACGAAUUACCCGAUCUGGUAGAGGUCUUUGUUGACGAACAUAAGUCUCCUACUUCGUCUCCUCUAAAUGGUACCCUGGGAACGGUAACUGGCGAGCCCGGCCAGGAGGUGAAAAUCAGGAUUGUCUUUAAAGACAAGGAUGAUAAAUCUCCCAUAGGAAAGAUCACGGUGACCACCAAAAAUACACAAACCGUUACCUUCAUUGUUACAACUCCAGAGGAUACUGAGUUGAGAAAGGAAGAGAUCGUAACCAAUCCAAGUGAGGAGAGUACUGUUGAGACAGACUUCACGGGCUGGGAAGGCAAAGAAUUAGAGAUUGUCUUCAAACCACAAGCAGAGGAAACAGAAAGCAUUUCUGUCAAUAACUUGGGAAUCGAAGCAUGUAUUGAAAAAGAAGCUGUUAGUACACCAACUACUGUGUCCACACCAACGACUACCACACCACCAGGUCCACCCUACUCAACAACAAUCUCACCAUCUGCACCGACUAGCCCGUACGUCUGUCCUGUUCCCAUGUUGGACGAUGCUGGUACAGACGAAUUACCCGAUCUGGUAGAGGUCUUUGUUGACGAACAUAAGUCUCCUACUUCGUCUCCUCUAAAUGGUACCCUGGGAACGGUAACUGGCGAGCCCGGCCAGGAGGUGAAAAUCAGGAUUGUCUUUAAAGACAAGGAUGAUAAAUCUCCCAUAGGAAAGAUCACGGUGACCACCAAAAAUACACAAACCGUUACCUUCAUUGUUACCACUCCAGAGGAUACUGAGUUGAGAAAGGAAGAGAUCGUAACCAAUCCAAGUGAGGAGAGUACUGUUGAGACAGACUUCACGGGCUUGGAAGGCAAAGAAUUAGAGAUUGUCUUCAAACCACAAGCAGAGGAAACAGAAAGCAUUUCUGUCAAUAACUUGGGAAUCGAAGCAUGUAUUGAAAAAGAAGCUGUUAGUACACCAACUACUGUGUCCACACCAACGACUACCACACCACCAGGUCCACCCUACUCAACAACAAUCUCACCAUCUGCACCGACUAGCCCGUACGUCUGUCCUGUUCCCAUGUUGGACGAUGCUGGUACAGACGAAUUACCCGAUCUGGUAGAGGUCUUUGUUGACGAACAUAAGUCUCCUACUUCGUCUCCUCUAAAUGGUACCCUGGGAACGGUAACUGGCGAGCCCGGCCAGGAGGUGAAAAUCAGGAUUGUCUUUAAAGACAAGGAUGAUAAAUCUCCCAUAGGAAAGAUCACGGUGACCACCAAAAAUACACAAACCGUUACCUUCAUUGUUACCACUCCAGAAGAUACUGAGUUGAGAAAGGAAGAGAUCGUAACCAAUCCAAGUGAGGAGAGUACUGUUGAGACAGACUUCACGGGCUUGGAAGGCAAAGAAUUAGAGAUUGUCUUCAAACCAGAACCAGAGGAAACAGAAAGCAUUUCUGUCAAUAACUUGGGAAUCGAAGCAUGUAUUGAAAAAGGUAUACCCGUUGUUUUAUUUCUCUAUUUUCCUCAUAUUCGACUUUUCUGUUGA